CGUUUUUGUAUUGUUGACUGUCUGAUAAGCUACAGAACAAACAAAUUAUAUAUAUAUCCUGUAGCUACUACAAUCUGGGAACUCUGUAAUUCCCAUACUAGCUCGUUACAAGCUUCAUUAACUUUUUGUUCUCAGUUUUAUUACAAUAUAUAUAAAUAAUCAGUUGGGAGAAAAAGUUUGAAGAACAUACAACACUGCAUGUCUGCAAUACUGGAAUAUUGUACGUGUAUAUAUCAACUCUAAUAGAAUACUAAAGGUCUGGCACUAUUGAGAAGUAAGAAUGUUUGCAUUAUGGAGUGUCACAAUGUAUGUUAUAUUACUGUUUAUUGCUGUCACCAGUGUCAACUAUGCCGAGGCCUGCUCCUGUUUGCAAGCACAUCCACAAACACAGUUCUGCGACGCUGACUUUGUGAUGCAGGUGAGACUACAUGGAAAGGCAGAGGAGAUAUUCAAGAAAGAAAGGCAUACGAUGUUUGACAAGGAGACCAACACCAGUGAAACAAUAAUCAACAGAAGAAAAGUUGCUAUCAAAUAUAACGUAAAAAUCAAGCAAAUAUUCAAGAUCAAUGAAAAUAAUCUUGGUUUGGACAAGAGUAGCACUGUAACAGAGAUUUAUACUGCGCCCGAUGAUGGACUGUGUGGUGUACAUCUACAGGAAAGGACAAACUAUCUUCUAUCAGGAAAAUAUCGUAAAGAUGCCCUAGAAAUUGACCUUUGCAGCUCCAUGUUCACACCCUGGCCCUGGGUCUCUAAAAUGCAGAAGAAAGGACUUCGCUUCACUUAUGCAAAGAACUGUGACUGUGAGAUAAUUAACCCCCAUUUCUCCAGAGCUUCAAAGGAUGCCAACCAGUGUGUAUUCGACCCAUACAAGCCCAUUGGUAAAUGUCAUGAGAGAAAUUCUGCAUGUAUUCAUGACAAAAACAGCUCGACAACAGGCUGUAAAUGGAUGCGUAACAGCAAAAUGCGGAAAUGUCGUCAAGAAUUAAAGUCUGGUAGACUGGAACCAUAAACUUGUUAUUUUAACUUAAAUUUGUACAAAUCUGACAACUAAUUAACUACCUAUAAAUCAGCAAGAAAAUCUAAUGGUAUAUGUAUAAUAUAUCUUGACAUUGGAAAGAACAAGGUGCCACCGACUGGAACAAGCAUUGCAUAUCAUCAUGUGGAAGAUUUAUAGAAAAGGUGUAUCACACAGAUUAGAAUACUGUAGGUAGAAACAAAUAAAAACCCUUCAGUAUAUUGUACAAAACCUAACAGUGUGAAUGUUUGAACUACAUAUGAAACUGUCUAUUAUAUUAUAAUAUCUAUAUAUUAAAGUAUAAUAAAAAAGUACAGUAAAAACUGU